AAAUGUUUGUAGUAACGCGGCAGUGGUUCAGUGCAGUUGUGCUAUCUGUGCAUCCUUAAUAUAAAUUGUGCUGCGGUGGAAGUCGUUUACCUAACGGAUAAGAAUAUAAUGCCGUGAAGAAACAAAGUGAAAUAAUAACACCAUAUAAAUGCCUUCUAUUUUGAUAAUUCAAUUUCUUCAUUUUCUACUUUGUGUCUCUUAUUGAUAUAAGAAACUAGCAGUGAAAGUGGGCUACAGCAAAAAAAUCAAUUAAAAUCAAUUCGAUUCAAUUUGCACAUAUAAAACUUAAUGCGCACAGUUCUCACAACGAAUAUGAACAUACAUACUAACAAAUGAGUGCAUUUAUGUAUAAAAUUAAACUAUAAUAUUGUGCGCGAGCAACUUUUUUACUGUUGACAGAAUAUUCGAAAUAAAUAAAUAGUACAUAUUGCUUGUUUCAAAAUUUAUAUAAAACGUUUUUUUCAAAUAAGCUUUCACAAUGACUGAUGAAAGUUUACACACAAUACCGCUGGAGCAUAACAUUGACUAUCACAUUAUGUCACUUUUCGAACGUUUGGAAGCGAUGCGAAAAGACUCGCAUGGUAAUGCGAUCAACAACCGGCUCUCGAGCACUCUGCAACCGAAACGCAAUAUGCAGGGAGAAAUACGGACUUUGGAAUUCUGGAGAUCGAUCAUCAGUGAAUGUCUGGCAUCAUUUUUUUACGUUUUUAUCGUUUGUGGGGCGGCAGCCGGUGCGGGGGUAGGUGCCAGCGUUUCAUCGGUGCUGCUGGCAACUGCUUUGGCUUCUGGAUUGGCAAUGGCAGCAUUAACUCAGUGCUUUAUUCACAUAUCAGGUGCUCAUAUAAAUCCUGCCGUUACGUUGGCAGCAUGCAUCAUACGCGCCAUAUCACCAAUUCGUGCUGCCAUGUAUAUAACGGCACAAUGUGGUGGCGGCAUUGCAGGAGCAGCAUUGCUUUAUGGUGUUACCGUGCCUGGUUAUCAGGGAAAUCUACAAGCAGCAAUAUCUCACAGUGCGUCAUUGGCCGCCUGGGAACGAUUUGGAGUGGAAUUUAGUCUGACUUUUGUCGUUGUACUCACAUAUUUCGUUUCAACCGACUCCAUGAAGCGUUUUAUGGGCAACUCGGCUAUUACAGUGGGGUCAGCGUAUAGUGCUUGUAGUUUUGUUUCUAUGCCUUAUUUAAAUCCGGCUCGUUCGCUAGGCCCGUCUUUUGUACUUAAUAAAUGGGAUAAUCAUUGGGUCUAUUGGUUUGGCCCACUUGUCGGCGGCAUUGCAUCCGGCUUGCUAUUUGAAUAUGUGUUCAGUACACGCCGAAACUCACGUACACACAAACCAAAUGCUGAUAACGACUCUUCCUCUAUACAUUCCGAAGAUGAACUCAACUAUGAUUUAGACGUUGAAAAACCACAGAUGCCUGUUAAAUACCCUCAGAAUACAUAUCCACGUGGACAAGCAAGCACAAAAACGGCGAUCGCAAGUAACGCUGGCACUAUUCCAGGUGGAGUUAACUAUUGUCAGAAUUUGUACACAGCACCUCCCCUUAAUAAAUUUGAUCAGCCAGAACCACUGUAUGGUGGCACACGUUCCCUGUAUUGUCGCUCACCCACACUCACACGAACAAAUCUGAACCGUUCACAGUCUGUAUACACCAAGAGUAACACAGCUAUUAAUCGGGAGAUUGUGCCUCGUCCGGGUCCGUUAGUACCAGCACAAAGCUUAUACGGUAUGCGUAUGACACAGCCACAAACCCAGGCUCAGUCAUCGCAUUUACAAAAUCAGAAUGUACAAAAUCAGUUGCAGCAACGUUCAGAGAGCAUAUACGGUAUAAGGGGAUCAACAAGGCAAUCCCAACAGCAGCAGCAGCAACAACAUCAACAAUCAUCUCAUCAGCAACAGUCACAACAACAGCACCAACAUCAUCAGCAACAACAACAACAUCAUCAACAACAACAACAGCAUCAACAGCAUCAUCAACAUCAACCAGCACAACAAUCACAACUUCACCAACCCCAACCCACAAAUCAAGAUGGUCAACAGGGCUUUCAGCCUGUAUAUGGUUCACGUCAUAACCCCAAUCCACUCGAUGGUAAUCUUAAGUACGAUCGUCGGCCUGAGUCGGCGUACGGCAUGGCCAUACAUCGGAACCGUGGCCAAUCGGCACAAUCUGAUGACAGUUCCUAUGGAUCAUAUCAUGGCUCAGCAGUAACCCCACCAGCACGUAAUCCGAAUUCUGGCGAACCGAUUCUCAUGUAUGCUCCACCGCCCCCGAUGCCAUCGAGUCAUUCCCAAGUCGUUGCGCCACCACCCAUUCGCACGCAAUCGGAGCGCAAAGUAACAGCACCAGUUGUCGUGUCUCAGCCACAAAUAACAACUGGUGUGGUUACAUAUACUGCGAGUUCCGGUCAAGGUAUGCCACCACCUCAACAAACAUCGCAACAACAAUCUCAGCAGCAACCACCACCACAACAACAGCAACAAUCUCAACAACAACAAAUCCUCAUUCAGCAACACCAAUCUUCCCAACAACAACAUUAUGGAGUGUUACCAAUGCGGACCAAUUGAAAUAGGAGCUUGAGCGUUGCCAACGCCAAGGGUUAUCAAAUUGGAAGUGUAUAGGGUAAAUGCUCGAGACCUAUACAUAUGUAAAUAAUGACAAGAAUUUAACGUUAAUUUUUUUUUCGAGUUGAGAAGAAUUAGCAUAGAACAGCAUGUAAAUUGUAAGCAAAAACGUAAACAUUUUGAUUAAUUCGUGCAAUAUGCUUAAUUUAACAGUUUAUCGUGAAAAAGUUUAAGGUAAAAAAGAAAAUACUUUUUUUGUGAAUUUAUUUUUUAUGUAUGCAUUGAAUAAUUUUAUUCGGAACUUUUUGUACAUUAUUGACACACUUUUGACAAUAUACAUAGAUAAAAAAGACCACAUUAUUUUCUCGUAACGUUAUUCUAUUCAUUACAGUAAAUUUUUUCAUUAUAACCUAAUAAAUUAAGUACAUACAUAUAUAUUUCUCGAAUUAACAAAAGCGUUUUCAUUUUUGUUUACAUUUUACAUUCUGUUACUUCUUCUUCUCGACUUAAAGGAUUACAUACAUACAUACAUACGCCACAAGACGGCGGUUGACGUAAUCUUGUAUUAUAUCAUUCUAGUAUGUAAAAAAAUUCACAAUACUUCUAUAUGUGUAUGUGUAUAUACAUACGAGUAUGUUUGCGAAUUACGAAUUUCGAAAAAUACGACUGCUUACUAUACGGCCUGUGCAGUCGUGUAUUUCAAUAUGAGGCAUAUUGCCUGGGCUGUUUUAAAUUGUUGGAGAUUGAUUUUUUAUACGUAUCUAGUUUUUAACUCUAGUUUUAUUUCGCAAUUUGAAAUAUUUUUAACUUUAGUCUUUAAGGAAAAUGCAUAACAUUUAUACUUAAUUGAAUUAAAAAAUACAUUUUUAUUGAUAGUGCUUUAGUUUGAAUACGGUAACUCAUAGUUAAGUAUAUAAAAUAUUUUGUACGUAGAAAUGUUAAUUUUAUUGUAUCAUUAAAAAGAAGUACAAGAAGUGAAGGAAUGAAUUAUUGGCUGUAAGUUUUUAAUAAAAUAAUACUUAGAUAUACAUACAUAUAUAUAUACAUAUACUCAAUACACGUAUACUAAUUUACAUACAAACAAAAGUAUAUUUAUAAAAAUUUACGUACAUGGAUCAUGUUAGAUCUCCAAUCGGAAUUCAUCAAUAAAAUGCAAAUAUAAAUUCCA